GCUUCAUUAGUUCUAUAAUGAAGCAAGAAAUACAAGUGACGCCUCAGCAGAAUCUGCUGUCUACAAUUUACCGACAAAGUUGGUACCCUGUGGCUUCUUCUACAAAAGAAAACCGAAAGAAAUCGCACGAACGAGAGUCCCACCGAAACGCCGGUAAUCUGCGCCGAGAUGGAUCGCCGUUCCAAAAACUCCGGCCUACGACCACCAGCAGAGCUCACCACAAAAGCAUCGACGAUGUACGGGCUUACCCAAAUCAUUCGAACACAAACUAUUUGCCCAACGGCCACAAGGCUUCACAAUCCGUGGAAGUUAAAAGUCAAAACUCAACAGCUAACCCCACCAACGCAGAAUGGUGUAUGAACAACACGCCACCGAGUGAGACUGACAUAAUAUUUGAAAACAAUUACGUAGCUCCGACAGAUCAAACGCAUCACACGUCACCGACAUUAGCAUCCUGGAGACGUCGGCUGCGAACCUGCGUCCAGUCCAGAUCAAAACUCGAUUCCCAAACACGUAUUAAUAAAGAGGUACAUAACACUUCCAGCCCCCCGUGCAGCAAUGUAAGCCUUGCAUCGCGUCAGCACUCGUGGACUAAUGUGACGGCAGCAAAGAGUUACAGAGCAGUAAAUUAUCCGAAUCAUACGCUUGCAGCUAUGUGUUUGCAGGGCACUGCACCGUCUGUUCAGCAACGACCAACGAGCAGGGCAGAAAAAAGAACUCGCUGUAUAAGCAAUCCUUCCCCAAGCACUGACCUAAGGUACUUCACUGGUCAUAUCGAGCCAAACGAGCUCUGUAAAUCCGACUUUUUGGAAUUACAAAACGAGCACUAUCACUGCGCCUCGAAUGACAAUACAUCGGAGCACCUGAAUAUGGAAAUAGAAAAGGAAUCUCCGGAUUUCGAACUUCACACGCACUGCGAAUCGGAAACAGAGGACCAAAUGGAUUCUGGUGACGAAAAUACUUGUUCUGCUGACUGCAAGCAUGGUGAUACCUGUGAAAAUGAGCUGGAAACUCAGGUUUUUACUGCCGCAUCAUCUGACUACGAUUCAGAUCUUUCCGACACAGAAAUCUCAUCCAAUAUCGAGGACGAAACGACCUCUAUGUCCAGCGAUGACGGCAUCAACCAGCAAAGACGGUGCGAUAAAUACAAACAGCUUUAUAUGAAUGAGAACCAACCGACCAUUUGUCAUGAUCCGGAAACCGAAGACACGGCGCUGGGUUGCUGCAACAAGGUGAUUGAGUUUUCGAGUGAUGAAGAAGAAGUUUUUGAGGACGAGUAUCUGUUUUCGGAAGUUUUACCUGCCGCGUUUGAUGAAGUUACGCUACAUGAACUCUCAAUGCUGCCUUUUGACAGCGACUGGAAAGCAAUUGUACCUGUAGCAGAUUUCUUUCCCCUAGCGCAAAAGAAAAUCGGGAAAAGGAAAACAACUAAAGCAGCGGUUGCUCGAAGGGAAAGAAUAAUGCAGCAGAGGGGGGACGUUGAAGCGGUCGUUGAACGGUUACUAUCCUUUGAGAAACUGCAGGCAGUUACUGCACAAAACGAACUACAGCGUAAACUACAUAGCGCACAUUUAAGAUCGAAAUCGAAACACUCGGUCACAAAAUCUCUCUCCGCGCAAUCUGAUAGUAAGAUUUCAGACUCCAAUAACUCGGCUGUGAAAAAUAUAUGGGCGAGGCGACGUUCGUCUAUUCCAAACUUUAAUGCCCGUUUAGCUUGGGCUACCGAGGCUCGGCUUAAUGAAGACAGUAUGCUGAACCGGGCGUGCAAAGACGGCGAUUUAACCAUUCUGCACAAUAAUUGGUUGGCUUGUUGUAAAGACAGAGCGCAAGGCAAAAGCGAAAGCAAACGUGCUGAUCCGUCUUCUCAAAAAUCGUGCGACCAAGUCGCAAGUUCAAAUGUGAAACGACCAAAGAGCUCAAGGAAUCGAGUUGGGUAUUAUGAAUAUCACUUGAGCGAACGAUCGAAAGAUGAAAAACGUCGAAGAUACUCCAACGCAACGAAUACUUCGUCGGUUAUAUGUUCUCUGUGUCGUGAGCGUGCUCGUAGAAUACUAUCAAUGAAGUAUCCUUCCAAAGGAACUUUAGAUACAAGGCAAAAAACGACAAGCACUCCCAGACCUCAAACCAACAGCAAUAGUCAGAUAGAAAAAUGCACGCCAACAGCAACAGCACGACCAGUAACUGUACGAAGCCCACCCAUCGUACCUUCCCCAGGAUCGACUAUAUCCCCUAAACCAGCAACUGCGAACCCUACAGUAGUCACGCCACUACUAUGGAAAACCUGUAACGAUAAAGCAAAACGAACCACGCGUACUCUUGCCAAAGAAUAUGCCUCUGCUGCUCAAAAUUCAACAGCAAAAUUUUCACGUACUCAACUACGGUCACCACGACCGCCAGUUAACGGACUCGUACAUUUGUUAUCCUCGGCCGUAAAAAUUUCCGCCGUCUCCGUUUUGAACGAAAAAAAGAGUUGAUUUUGAAAUUUACUCGAUAAUCAAAUGAAUAAUUGUGUCUUAUUUUUCCUCACACGGGUAUUUUGUUUUACACACCCCAUUCCGUAUAAAUACCAGUUAGCCUAAAGGACAGUUCAAUAUUAUGUUUACCGAUAAAAACAAACUAAACUGCUUUAACCUUUUUAAACAAUUAUUCAAAUACCGUUGUAUUUAAAAUUAAUAUACUAACUAUUGUGGUGACUGUUGCAAAUCAGCUUUGGAAAACUCCAAAAGGAUUGGGGUAUUAGAUUUCGUAAUAUUAGCUUGAGCAAGGCACUCCGCAGAUAUAGCUACUAGCUAGCUAGACAUUCGUUGCAGCAGAUCGUCUGCAUUUCCAUCCCUUCUUUGCUGUAAUCGCUGAUACACAAAAUCUAAAAUUCUAGACCUGUGCAGAUAU